AUGAGUGUUUAUUUUACUGCUAAGCCUGAAUAUUUUAAAUUUAUACGAGAUUUAGAGGAUGAAGGUGAGGAGUAUCGGCAACUCCACCAUAAAUUUCAGACUCUUGCCCAAAAAUCGAAGGAAGAAUUUAAGCAAAGCAGAAAUAAAAUAAACGCAGCCAUGAAUACUAUUAAACCACCUGUUAGAGGAAUCAGAACAGCGGAAAUCCCAUCGGUUCUAAAAAAGAAACCAGAAAAAAGGGCGGCAACUCAAACAGCUAAUUUACACCCAAAUCCAAUAUUCGGACAAAUACAAAACUCUAAGAUUCCUACAACAGUCUAUCAUGAUGCUGUUCCUGCAAGGUCAAAUGGGGCACAAAGAAUUCUCAAUCCGAAACGUUUACAGAAGUAUAGAGAAAACAAUAGGGAACCACCAAUGCUUAUAGGUAGAGGAGUAAAUUCCAUUGGCCAUGAUAAUCUAAAUAUGGAUUCUUUAUCUUUAAGUAAUUAUCAUUUUGAUAUCGUGAACUGA